AUGGACGAGAAGAAGUGUGCCGGGAAGAGGGCGAGCAUCGGUUGCAAGCUCAUCCAGCAGUUGGGCUCCAUGAGCGUGGACCGAGCUACCCUGGCCGAAGCCGCAAGCCUGGAUCCUGGGAGCUCCGAGCUCUCAACUGCCGCGACAGAGUUAGCAGAAAACCUCGGCGACGCCUCUCCGCCAUCGUCCUCCUUCUUGGAUGCGGGAGCAGGUGUGGCUCUCGAGCAGCAUUUGGGCAAUCCGAUAUUUGCAGCUAUCAUAAUCAACAAUGGCAGGAGGGGCGGUUAUCGCGGAGGAGGCGGUGGGUUGAACGCAGGUGGUGAGCAGUUGUUCACGGGCAUGUUGGUCUUCAUGAUUCUCUUCAUGGGGUUGCUGGUGCUGAUUGCCUGA